UCUCUUGUUACGUGAAACGCGCUGCUUGAGUCUGCACGGUUCUCACCAGUCUAAUAUGAGCGGCUGAGACGCGUCUCACUGGAGACUUUUACAGAGAAAUCUUAGUGUGUUUGUUUGCAAUGGCAGAAACUGCUCCAGCAGCGCCCGCUCCGGCUAAAGCGCCCAAGAAGAAAGCGAGCUCGAAGCCAAAAAAGACUGGUCCUAGCGUCUCUGAUUUGAUCGUCAAGGCUGUGUCGGCUUCAAAAGAGCGUCACGGACUCUCGUUGGCUGGGCUCAAGAAGGCUCUUGUCGCCGGUGGCUACGAUGUGGAGAAAAAUAACGCCCGCGUGAAACUGUCCGUAAAAAGCCUUGUGAGUAAAGGCUCUCUCGUGCAGACAAAAGGUACCGGGGCUUCCGGAUCCUUUAAAAUCAAUAAGAAACAGUCAGAACCCAAGGUGAAGUCCACCAAGAGAAAGGCGACACCGAAAAAGAAGCCAGCGGCGAAAAAGCCCACUGCCGCCAAGAAAGUGAAGAAACCGGCAGCGAAGAAAUCCGCGGCAGCCAAGAAAACUGCGAAGAAGCCUGCGGCAGCCAAGAAAACUGCGAAGAAGCCUGCAGCAGCAAAGAAAGCCACCAAGAGCCCCAAGAAAGCGAAGCCGGCUACAAAGCCCAAAAAGGCUGUUAAGAGCCCGAAGAAGGUCAAAGCAGCAAAGCCUAAGGUGGCCAAAGCAAAGACUGCAAAGAAGGCAGCACCCAAAAAGAAGUGAUCCGUUUGCAUGGCCCGAUAGUUGUACACAAACGGCUCUUUUAAGAGCCCC